GAAGGGCAUGGCUUACAACCAUGAGGAGGAAGGCAGCAGUCCAACCGCAGCGACCGAAGCACCAGCAGCUCCGGCUCUCGCUUCCACCUCCAAGUGGAAGAUCUCCCCUUUUCGCAGCUACUCUUCUUCCUCGCCGGCAGAAGUCACGUGGCGGGCAGGCUCUUUCCCAUUCUCCUUGGUCGCAGGAGCGUUGGCGUUGCUAUUUUAAAGUCAAUUCUUCCCCGUCUCUCUUUCUUUUUCUCUACGCCAGGGAGUUCCUCCUCUCUCGCGAACUGCCUCAGUUUCAUACCUCUGAGCCCCGGGCAGUAAAGUUAUCCUCGUUUGUGCGUUGCGCGCGCGCACGUGCCCGGGAAAGCGGCGGAAUCUCGCUUUGCGGGGUUUCGCCUUCGCUGCCUCAUCCGUGCCUUAGGCUGUCUCGGGGUAAUGGAUUCCCGAGCGUGAACUAGUGAACUGCUUCUCGCAAGUUAUGCUUGCUGCCUGCCUGCCCUUACGGUUGUGAGCUGCCUUGAAUGAAACGCGCCAGGCGGGAGAGAAGGGAGCCAGACUGAGGAGAAAAAAAAUUCCAGGAAGCGUCUCUUUUUCUGCACCAAGUUUUCAGUUCAGCCGCCUCGUCAUGGAUGAGGAUGGGAUCCAUCUCCACAGAAUUCCCCGCGAGUCGUACCCCGACAGUUCGUUUCAUGGGGUGGAGUUUCUCCCAGAAGAUUUCAGAGAUGCUUCUAAUGAAACAACAAUGAGGAUGAAUGAGAAAUACUCCACACUACCUGCUGAGGAGAAGGGAAUCCACAUCAUCAACAUCAGAGCUAUUGAAGACAUUGGCUAUGUUCGCACAGAAAGUACGUUAUUAAAUUCAUUCUCACAAGAUCCAGAUGCCAACUGCAAAUAUGGACUUUAUUUUAGAGAUGGGAAAAGGAAAGUGGAUUAUAUUCUGGUUUACCACUACAAGAAGUCCUCAUUCAGUAAAACACUCACUCGGCGAAUCCAUUUCAAUGACUUGGGGCCUCGAAGUGUUAAGCAAGAUAAACCACUUCCUGGAAAAGGGGGGCAUCUUAGCAUGGAUGAAAGUGAACCCCACAUGGAUUAUCAUGAAGAUGACAAGAGAUUCCGCAGAGAAGAGUAUGAAAGCAACCUCAUGCAAGCUGGCCUUGAGCUGGAAAGAGAUGAAGAUACAAAAAUACAUGGUCUUGGAUUUAUAAAAAUUCAUGCUCCUUGGAAUGUUUUGUGCCGGGAAGCAGAAUUCAUGAAACUGAAGAUGCCCACAAAAAAGGUGUAUCAAAUUCAUCAACCUCAUGGCCUUUUGAAAAAGAUCAACUCUGUAAUUCAAAAAAUAACAGAACCCAUUCAGCCUAAAGUGGCAGAACACAAGCAUCAGACAGUGAAACGCCUUUCCUACCCCUUCUCAAGGGAGAAGCAACACUUAUUUGACCUCUCUGAUAAAGACUCCUUUUUUGAUAGCAAAACUAGAAGUACCAUAGUUUAUGAAAUACUGAAAAGAACUACAUGCACCAAAGCCAAGUAUAGCAUGGGGAAAGGAGAGGGAAGAAAGAAGGACACUACCCUUUUAAAUAAAAGACGAAAAUGUGAUAAAUAUGGGAUCACCAGUCUACUUGCCAAUGGCGUUUACAGUGCUGCAUAUCCCUUGCAUGAUGGUGAUUACGAAGGUGAACAUGUUGAGCCUAAUGACAGAAAACUCCUGUGUGAAGAAUGGGCAAGUUAUGGAGUAUUUUAUAAAUAUCAGCCAAUUGACUUAGUAAGGAAGUACUUUGGUGAAAAGAUUGGACUAUACUUUGCCUGGCUGGGAGUUUAUACACAAAUGCUCAUUCCAGCUUCCAUUGUGGGAAUUAUCGUGUUCCUUUAUGGUUGUGCAACUGUUGAUGAGAAUAUACCAAGCAUGGAGAUGUGUGACCAGAGAAACAAUAUCACCAUGUGCCCCUUAUGUGACAUAACAUGUAGCUAUUGGAAAUUGAGCUCUGCUUGUGCCACUGCUCGGGCCAGCCAUCUCUUUGAUAAUCCAGCCACUGUCUUCUUCUCAGUCUUCAUGGCUCUCUGGGCUGCUACAUUUAUGGAACACUGGAAAAGAAAACAGAUGAGGCUGAAUUACAGAUGGGAUCUUACUGGCUUUGAAGAAGAAGAAGAUCACCCAAGAGCUGAAUAUGAAGCUAAAGUAUUAGAAAAAUCUCUCAAGAAAGAAUACAGAAAUAAAGAGAAGGGCCAGCAAUUGCCAGAAGAGGCAGCCAACAAAUGGCGACAAAGAGUUAAGAGAGUCAUGGCUGGGGUGAAAUUGACUGAAAAAGAAAAACUGACAUGGAAAGAUCGUUUCCCAGCAUACUUCACGAAUUUUGUGAGCAUUAUUUUUAUGAUUGGACUGACAUUUGCUAUUGUUUUUGGGGUUAUUAUAUACCGAAUCUCCACUGCAGCAGCUUUAGCCAUCAGCUCCUCUCCAGGAGGCAGGUCAAAUGUUAGAGUGACUGUCACAGCCACUGCAGUGAUUAUUAAUCUGGUGGUGAUAAUAAUCUUAGAUGAAGUAUAUGGCUGCAUAGCUCGAUGGCUGACUCAGAUUGAGGUACCAAAAACAGACAAAAGUUUUGAAGAACGACUUAUCUUCAAGGCCUUCCUUCUGAAAUUUGUUAAUGCUUACACUCCCAUUUUCUACGUUGCUUUCUUCAAGGGCCGAUUUGUUGGACGCCCAGGAGAUUAUGUCUACAUUUUUCAUUCUCUUCGAAUGGAAGAGUGUGCUCCUGGUGGUUGCCUAAUGGAACUGUGUAUACAACUUAGCAUUAUCAUGUUGGGAAAACAGCUGAUUCAGAAUAAUCUUUUCGAAAUUGGCAUCCCAAAAAUGAAAAAAUUUAUAAGGUACUUGAAGCUGAAACAACAAAGUCCUGUAGAUCAUGAAGAGCAUAUGAAGAAAAAACAGCGAUAUGAAGUAGAUUAUAAUCUGGAACCUUUUGCUGGCCUUACUCCAGAGUACAUGGAAAUGAUAAUCCAGUUUGGUUUUGUAACCCUGUUUGUUGCAUCCUUCCCACUGGCUCCCUUGUUUGCAUUGCUGAACAAUAUCAUUGAGAUACGUCUGGAUGCAAAGAAAUUUGUUACUGAGCUGAGGAGGCCAGUUGCAGUGAGAGCUAAAGAUAUAGGAAUAUGGUAUAAUAUCCUCAGAGGAGUAGGAAAACUGGCUGUGAUUAUAAAUGCAUUUGUGAUCUCAUUCACAUCUGACUUCAUUCCACGCCUCGUGUACCUGUAUAUGUACAGUGAGAGUGGCACCAUGCAUGGCUUCGUGAACCAUACACUAUCCUAUUUUAAUGUCAGCGAUUUUCAAGAAGGAACAGCUCCAAAAGAUGCUAUGGAGCUUGGCUAUCCAGUGCAAAUAUGCAGAUACAAAGAUUAUAGAGAGCCUCCAUGGUCGGAAAAUAAAUAUGACAUUGCAAAAGAUUUUUGGGCUGUGCUUGCAGCAAGAUUAGCAUUUGUAAUAGUGUUUCAGAAUUUGGUUAUGUUUAUGAGUGACUUUGUUGACUGGAUUAUCCCAGACAUUCCCAAGGACAUUAGUCAGCAGAUUCACAAAGAGAAAGUUCUCAUGGUGGAAGUCUUCAUGAAAGAAGAACAAGGAAAGCUGCAGCUGCUAGAAACCUGGAGGGACAAGGAUAAAAGGAGAGGUGAAAACUGUAACAAUCAUAGUCCCAGGUCAUCAAUGAGCCAUAGAGGGAGUGUGUCUUCCUGUCACUCAUGCCAUGUUGAUGUAUAGAAGAAGAAGUUGUUUUACGCUGGGGCAUUCCAUUCAUAAAGCAGCCAACACUUAAAUGAUAGAACUUCAUACUUUGACAACCUGGUGCAUGUUUAAGCAUGUGCAACUGUUUUGCUUAUAUCUAUGUGAGAAGUAAUGUUCUUACAGAAAGGGAGGACCAUAUUCUAUUUCUGACAAGUUUUCUUUUUUCUUUUUUUGCACAAAAAUAAUGCAGGGAUUUUUUUAAUAUAUAAAUAGAUAUGUAACUUGCAUAGUUAGCAUAUAGCUAUCACUGUUUUAUUUUUUAAAAGAAGAUAGGAUUCUCUAGACUCUUCUCUAAGAAUUUUAUAUUAGUGUAUUUAUUAAAAUAUGAUAAAAUGUAUGAACCAAACUAAACUCCAAGUAUUGGAAUAAUAAUGAGAUCCUCAUUCCUGAUAAGCUACACCUGGAGCCUUGCAAUAUGCAAAAAAAUAUAAUAAAUAUUAUACUGUGGAGUGCUUUUUGCAAGGCUGUGGCGACAAAGCUCUGACUUGAAUCUGCCACCUUUUUUACAAGCAGAAAUCCUGUUAAAUUUCUUUGACAAUAUGCUAAAUACCCUGCAUUUUCUCCUAAGUGAAUGCAGUAGCAAGAAUAUUUUGUUUUCCAUUUGGGAUUCUUGCCUCAAUUCAUCACUUCAUCUGCAUUUCACUUUCUCUAGUAAAUAGAAUUGUCAGACUCAGAUCACUGUAAUCUUGGUCUCAGCAGUAGUGAGAGCAAAUCACUUGACUGUCUUUCAUUUCUUCUUCUAUGAAAGAUGAACGAUUUGUGGCAGGGCAUUUAGCUUAAUAAUUCAGAGUGUCUAGUGCAUAUUCCAGAGGGGACUCCAGAGAACAAGACGGAGUAUUAGCAUCAGCACAAUUUCCCCAAGCACUGAGGGACCUUUGAAGAAAAAGUGUCCUGAGUUAAGAGCACACAGAAAUACUAGCAAAUCGCACUGCCCACCACAAGCCUGGAAGCCUUGUUGCUGAAGGAACACAUUAAAUAAAUGUAUUAUCAGUUAUGGUUCUGUGUCAUCUCUGCUCAGUGAAGCCAAAAAUAAUAUAUUUAAGGACACUGCAUCUUUCUAAAACAUUAAUAUGAUUCUGUCAUUUCACUGACCAGAGUGCUGGCCUAGGUCAUAAUGCCUUUUAUAUUAAGUAUUUUGGCCUAGCUGCUCAUUUCUAAAUAUUAUUUUCUUCCAUUUUUACAACUUCUCUGUCUUUUUCAAGUCUGAUUCAUUUCUCUUGCUCUUUUCCACACUGAAAUGGUCAAAGCAUUUGUUUGAGCACCCUCCUAGGAGCUUUUUUCCUUUUUUACUAUGGGAUCAUAUGAUAGAAAUUAUAAGUUAUGAAUAUCAUGGAGCCAAUACAGAGAUGUGCAAUUUUGUCCCCUCAUAAUACUAGAGUUGUCUUAAGAAAAUUGAUCAGGAGCAAGUUCAGAACAGAAAAAAAGUGAAUAUGGUGUCACACAAUCCGUGAUUACCAAAUUAUGUCUUUUAAAAGAGAUUAUACCAUCUACUGAGAAUAGUUUAACAAAUGAAUAGUAGUAUGGUAACUAGUUGGUGCAAUUGUUCAGAGGCAGUACAGGAAAUUAAGUAUAGCAGAUAUACAACAAUGUAAAGUUCUUGCUUUUAUGCAUUGCUAAUAAACUGCAUGGUAGUAUCUGGAAUCAGGGUGCUAGACUAGGUGGAACUCAGGUGUGAUCCACUAGUGAUUAUCUUAAGUUCUGGUAACUUUAACAGUCAUAUAAGCGACAUUUUAUUAUAGUUCUUUUUAGAUUCUCUUUUUUUAAAAAAUAUAUUCAUAUCAGAUUAAAAAUAAGAAAGUGAAAAUGUUUAGCAGAAUUAAGAAACAUUGCAGUUGGCCUCGAAGGAAGGUUCUCCUGUGCCCAUCACCAGUGGCUGGGCAUCCAAAAAUGAUAAUGAAAAGAUGGCCAGUAUGGACUUCUAAUGGACCCUAGCUUUAUUUUUUGUCUUCAAAUAGCUAAACAUUUUAAUUAGCCUGCUGUGGAAGGGUAGUAGAGGAUCAGUUUGUAAUCUCUGCAUUCUUAGAAAGCAGUAGAACAAUUCAAGGAGAGGGCGGGUGGAAAUGGAUGGCACAAAUGUUAGAGAAAACCAGCAGGCCAAAGUGGUGAAGGGAGAAAACAAAUACAUUACAGAUUUUGAAACAAAGUUUUUCCUGGAAAUUUGAGGAACCCAUGAACAGCAAUCCAAUUACCAUGUGUCAACCAAUCCUAAGACUUGCCACAACAACAUAUUGUAAAGCAGUUCUGUGGAUAUAAAAAGUCCAGCCAAAACAGGAAUAAAUCUUGAUAAAGAUUGACUCCAUAGCCCUUCAAGCCAAUUUUCACUUUAAAUGUUGCCCUUGGCCAUCCAUAUAUCAGCAAGCCAAGAUAGAAGGAAUGCACAGGGCUUGACUUGUUGAUAUGGAUAGCAAAUAUGAAACAAUGUAUACAUGCCUCUCAUCAGGUCUGAUGGUCAUGCAUGUGUCAUAUUUUGUCCAUGUCUCUUUAAAAUAGUUCCAACUGGGAAUUUGUGUGACCUUCAUAUAUAAUAAUAAAAAGAACCUAUACAUACACAUACACAGCACUAUUUUGUAUUCAGAAUUCUUCAGCUAUGGUAUGUGGUUGAAAGGUUGAUGAGGUGCAGGUGUAUCAUGGACAACAUAUAAAGGGAUGUCCAACCUUCAGUGUCUUUGUGUUAGAAAUCAGCAUGCAGUAUUUGCUUCUUCAUUCCUGCUGAAGGCCCAACAGUAUCUAUUACUUUUUUUGACAGCAAGCAUCUGAUUUGAGAAAUGAAGGAAUAGGGAAAGUCAGUUAGUGGUCACUAGGCAAUCUUCACAUACUCUGCUUCUGCCAGACAUUUAGAAACAAACAGCACAGUUGACAGGGUCUGGGCAGCCAAAGAACACGACAACAGUCCUUUCAAAGUAAUCCAAGAGGCAGAUCUAGAUUAUAAAUCCUAGACCUGGAAGAGCCUUGCCAAGACUCAGCUACAGCUACUGUGUGUGUGUGUGUGUGCUGUGUGUGUAUGUACGUAUGUAUGUGUGUAUAUAUAUAUAGGAUAAAAAGCAAAGCCUCCCUGGAGUCACAUUCAAUGCCUAAUGACUGUUUUGACACCAUGUGGCUUUCUUGGCAACAGUAUUGAAGUGGAUUGCCACUGCCAUCUUCUGGGAUGAUUUUUGGAUUUGGGCUGUUUCAACAUUCAAGUCUAGGUUGCAGCCCUAGUAUUUAUGGAUGGUCUCCCAUGAAAAUACUGACUGGCGAGGUGCUUAGGAACAGGGUAAUUAAUUGCUGAAAAAGGAUGGUUUAAAAAUAGAUAAGCCAAUGAAGGUGUGGAAUCAGAAUCAGAAUUAUAGAUACCAGCACAGUAUGUGCGUUCCUUGACAAUGCAUCAGUUCAGUCUUACCUACAUUUUCCAAAAGGUUAAACCUGUGCCAGAGCCUGUCACUUCAGCCAUGCAGAUUUCAUGAAUGCAUGGUUUUGCAUAACAAUUUGCCUCAAUAUAAGCUGCAGGACAUCAUAAAAUAUACCAAAUUAGUCAUGUAGUAUAGACUGAGAAUGAAGUAGAGAAAUGAAAUCAAACUUAAUUUCAUUUGCAAUUAAGGCUGGUGGUAUAUUGCAAGUAAGCAUACUGUGUGGUUUAUUCAAAAAGCAAAUGUCCAAGACUGUUAUUUUUCAGUUUUAAAAGUUUGUUGCAAAAUUAUUUAACAUAAAACCACCAUUUUGUAAUAUUUAUUAGUUUAAUAUAAAUUAUGCAAUGAAUUCAGUUCUUUUUAAAUAUAAUUUGUCCAAUAAUCUCUGUAUGUGAAAAUGUAUUAUGUUAAUGAAAUUUUGUUCAAACAUAAUACUCUUGCCAAAGAUUAUUCUGAAUAAAGGGCUUGUUUUUUUGUUUAUAACUGCUUCUUGUAAAUUGAACUGCAGGAAUGUCACUUAUUUUAAAAUCUUAUUUAAAAAUCUUUUAUUAUAAAUGUAAUCAGCCUUAUCUACCUUUCUUGACAUAGGAUCUGUGGAAGAAAAAAUAUUUGACCUGAUCCAAUAAAUGUGUUUUAACUGUGCUAAGAGCUUUAUACGAAGUAGAAUAGCUUAUGUUUAUAUACUGACCUGUAUGCAUGAAUUCGGAUUUCACUAUGCAAGCAUUCAAUUAAUUUUAGAUGCCAAAGUGUCCCAUCCAAAGAUACUGGAUAUUGUGAACAUUCAAAUUUCUUUUUGUUACUUGAUGCAGAUGGAAGUUUGUUUCCACUUGCAGUACUAAAAAAUGUUUUGUGUUAGAUGUGAUGACACACAGAAGGAUUUAAAGUUUAAUUUGUUCCAGGCUUUAGUAGGUUUAUAUAUUUUCUAAUGUAAAUAAACAUUUGUGCAUAUAGAUAUAGAUAGACAAAUUAUAGUUUCUGUCACUGCAUUUUGAGCUCCUGUUCAAUCUCCCCUACCACCAAACAUAAACUCACAAGAAGUUUAUGUUCAACAAAAGCCAAACUUCCAAAACAUUAAUUGUAUGAUUCUUGGGUUAAUUAUGAACCCAAUUACCCAACUUUUUUGAAGUAACGUAUAAAAAAAUACUACUGAGAAUUAUUUAUUAUAAUAAUAAACUAAAAAAAAAUUGCGCAGACCAGACUACUGCAUAAUAGUAGCACUUAGAAUUUGAAAGGGAAAAGGUUCUUCAGAGCCAAGCCUGCAGAAACUUGCAUGUAGCAUCUAUCAGCAACUCUUUAAAUUUUAGAUUGCACUGCAACGGUAGAGGACAACUACACAGUCCACAGAAAGACAUAGCUGCUUUAAGAACUUGCAGAUGUGGGUACAUGAGCAUUCUUGCACACUCCAAACACCAUUUUUCCCCCUUCAUAUCUGAAGCACUGUGCAGCAAUACUAUAUGUAUAUUCUUUGAAGAGGAAAGAUGGAAAUCAGAACUCACUCUUGAUCAGAGGAACUGAUGUCCCCAGUUCUGUUUGUAAAUACAGCUUUAUACAAUGUUAGAGCAGCUGAGAACAGUCAGUAUUAAGACAGGAACUGAUUUCAUUUCCCUUCAUUAGCCAAAACAAAAUAAAAAACAUUGGGGAAAGCAAGCUACAUUUGUAAACAGAUUGCAGAUGGGCAUGACUACAGUAUAAGGGAAUCAAGAAAGUAGUAAGGUAGGGUAUAAUUACUUCUUUUCACAACCACCAGUUAAUCCUUUUCUGAUUUUCCUAUUAGUCUCCCUAGAUAAUAUAUAAUCAGGUAUAAUUUAUACUGAACUAUUAUAUCCCAAUUAUUUUCACUAGAAAUUAGGAAGAAUGAACUAUACAAAAAAUAUGAGGUUCAUCUCAUGUUUUAUGAACUUGCAGUUGACAUGGAUGGCCCAAAUAGCCUGGGGUGGGGGAGGAUUUGGAAAUUAAAAAAAUGUAAAGAAUAAUCUUAAAAUGUUGGCAUAAUAUUGACAUUCCUGUAAAUAUUAAGACUAUAUACUUAGAAAUGUUCAUUUUCUGAGAUCAUUAAAAAUAACAACUGCUUAUGAUUCUUUUAUAGUUUCUUUUGUACUACAUUUUUUGAAAAAGGGUUUUGUAUAUAAUGUUGUAUCUAGAAAAUUAUAUCAUGUUCCUUUUCAUGGACUUUCUUUUUUUUAAAGAAAAGUAAAUGCAUACUAAAGCUC